CCUACUCUCGAGAAAGUCCUAUUUCCGACUACUCCUAAAUGCAACAUAGGUAGCCUUGCACUGCUAGCUGCGGCUAGCUUUACCAGCAGAUGUUUUGCUUCCGUGUUCCUCAAAAUAACCUCACGUGAACAUUUUGUCAAUAACUCUUAAAUAUGGACAAGUUUGUGGUGCGUCUAUCUAAGGGAGAGACGCCUAAAACGUCGAGGAGCACUGAGAAGAUUUACAAGCAAGCCACCAUAGAAUCCCUACGAAGGGUGGUCGUCAUUGAGGACAUAUUGCGCUAUAAAUCCUCGCUGGAGCUGCCGGGACAGAGCAGGGACAACAUGCUGAAUGCCUUGACCGACCUAAGCAAGAAGAUGCCGUCCAAGGAGGUGCUGAAGUCCACAAAAAUAGGUCACACUGUCAACAAACUACGGAAGCACCCAGAGCCUGAGGUCAGCUCGGCGGCUGCCAUGGUGUACACAGCCUGGAGGACGUUUGUGGAGGAGAAUUCCAAUAAGCCGUCCAUUGAAGUGCGCUCGGACAAGCAGUCAGAAUGCCUGAGGAGCAACGCCAGGAGACUUCUGGCCGAAGCCCUGGAGCUCAAGGAGGACUGCGGUCUAGUGGACAACACGGAGAGGGAGGUGUUCCACCAGAGCGGCCGGCUGGUCAGCGGCUCUUACCGGAGGACGGUGCGAACGCUGGUGUUCGCCUUUAGACGGCAGCCUGAGCUCAGAGCUCAGCUGAAACGGGACCACUCCUCAGUUGCCCGGCUGGUGUCCAAGUAUAAGAGAUAGGCGUCUUAACAAUGAAUCUGCUUUUUAUGCACCAAUGAAUGUAUUUUUUUUAUCGUGUUAAAUGCAAAUAAGCAAUUUGUUGUCAUUGGUAAUUU